AUGGUCCGACCGGUACGGCGUCCUUGGCCUCCACCCGCACAAGCAAUGGAUAGACGUGGAACGGCAUACCCAACCAUGAUUGUGCUGGCUGUUAAGUUAAAUAAGCCUCGUGGGGAUAAUACUAUUGCGAUAAUUGUCGCCCUGUACCUUCGUACGAGUCCGACACCACUGAUUCCAGUCGACGUCAGGUCUUUUGGGACGGCACCACCUUCACAUUCUCAUAAGAACUACGUCUACAAUAUUAUGGGUGUUCCUCCUCAUCUCUUCACUGGUGUUGAACUUUCUGAUGCUAAUAAUAAUCCUUUUCCCCCUUUUUAUUGUGCAAGGGCUCGUAUUCCAGCCUACCAAAUGAACAUUCCAGUAACAGAACUCUUUGAUGUUGCCGCAUCAGCAAUUGGUGGAUUUAACUUAGAUAGCACGGCAAGGAUUCAACUUACCAUAGAUGUGGAAGAAAACGUAAGCUUUCAUUUGGAUAAAGUUAGGUUUCUUUAUAUUACAUGUUAA